GGGUGUUUUUGUUUUUCAUUUUCCUGCCAAAUGGGCAGUGUUCAUAUGUUUAAAAUGAUAAGACUGUCUGUAGUCUUAGAAAACCAAGAGGAAGGAAUCGGGUCGAAUAAUUGUAAAGAUAGCUUCUCUUUCUCAUUUUGACGUUAGCUAUUAAUAUGCACUCAGUGUGAGAACUGUGGUAAACAAUUUUAUGUCAUUAGUGGUUAGCUUUUGUAUUACAUUAGUGGUAAGUACGUGUAUUAAACCUAGUGGUUGAUUUUUAAUUUAUUACAUUAGUGGUUGAAUUUGAUAACUGUGGUUAGUAUUACAUUAGUGGCCAUGGUUCGUUACUAUACAUUUGCGGGUUAUGCUAGCCACCUGUUAGACGAGUUCUGACUUCAGCGAGCGAGGGCGCGCGUUUUGAUCAGGCGACCGCCACCUUGUUUUGGACUUAGGGAGGGAAAAGUGUUAUAGGCAGUAAGAGUGAGAUAAUGUAACAUGGCGGCAAUUCUGCUCAAUCGCUCGCUCAGCUGAUGCCAAUAAAUUCGCGCUCCCUCGGAAAACGCUCGCAUGCAUUUUGAUGAGCAAACAUGAUGAGCAAAUUAUCAAAACAAUGAAUAAUGAAGCUAUGAUGUUCUCUCCCCUUUAAUUUGUACGGAAGGUAAUUUUAAAUGUGGACAUAUUCAUCAGAUAUCGAAUAUCUUUAGCAAAUGAGGAUUGCCACUUUCGGUUUUCUCACAUUAAACUAGUGAUUAGGUCAGUUAUCAGGAAUUCAUCUUUUCAUAUCUUUCAUUAAAUCUAGCAGAUCUCCCGACUGUGUAACAUCGACAACAUAGAGUCAUGAUCCAAUCAUCUGGCAUUGCCAUAGCAACGGUACACUCCAUACUUAUCACCGUAGACAUCGUUGGAAAUUGCCUCGUUUGUGCGAUCAUAAAGAAACAUCAAGACAUGAGGUAUGUUGAAACAAAAAUUACUAAAGCUGACUUCCACCCAUCCAGGAGGAAUGACGGGUACAGUUUUAUGCAAAUUGAUGACGGGUGGAGGCUUGGCAUGGUUGCUGGAAUUUCGUCGGUAGUCACUUUGAUUGCAAUUGCUGCUGAACGAUAUUAUGCAGUAAUCUAUCCUGCUGGCAACAUUGGCAAACUUACCAAAAGUAAAUUGAAGGUGAUCAUUCCUGGUUCAUGGAUCUUUUCAUUGGUAGUCAACAUACCUCUGUUCCUGGCCUUAAACGUAAAGGACAAUGCCUGUGUGUGGAUGGAUGAAGAAUGGAUGCCAAAAGCCUAUUUUUUGUACUGGUCAGCCAUUGUAGUUGUAGCCAUGGCAACGAUGGCCCUGUUGUAUUCCAGAAUCGUGUACAACUUGUGGUUCAAACGUGAUCCAGAGAAUCAACUCACCUUCCAACAGAGGGGCGUCCUGAGAGUGCGAAAGCGAGUCACUUUGAUGGGGGUAACUGUCACUGCCAUAUUUGGAAUCUGUUGGGCGCCUGACGUAAUUGCGCACGACGCAGACUACUACACAUCCCUCAGUGUCAGUGAACUCACAUACGCUGUUAUUCAUAUGCUAGUACUGUUCAGUUCCGCCGUCAACCCAUUUGCGUACGCUCUGGUUAACAAAACCUUCCGAGAAAAGCUUAAGGGAAUGAUAUGCUGUAGCUGUACCGGCUCCACGGCAUCCACAGGAAGUCAAGUUUGCCAAUAAAACGUAACCUCCACGUCAGGGACAUCCUCUUUGGAGCGAUCAAAAAUUCUAAACAUUUCUUCUUUUAAUGCUGCUUUUUUUUUUAUAUAUAGUUAAAGGAAAAUUAAACAGAUUAUACAGAUUGGAGAGAUAAAUGUUAGCACUUUAAACUGCCUUGCGAGACAGCGAUUCUUCUCUCUUCCUCUGAUCAGCAAGAGGAGGGAAUCUCUCACA